ACAGUCACUAUAUUAGUUAUUACUGUUCCCGAAUUUUCGUCCUGGUCGCCAGACAACUCAGUGAAAUCUGAUAUUAAGAAAAUAGUGUGGGAUCAGUCUAUGAUUGAACUGUGCCCUGCGUGAACAAACAUAGUUUAUUGACCUUCUCUCCACCAGCAAGCAGCCGCAGAUAUCUAACCUGGUUAGAUCAGGGAAGCUUUGAGCCCGUGAUCAGAGCAUGUCCAGCAUAGAGGAGGAGAAGAAGGAUUCAGCCGGGCUGAUUGAAAGAAUGGCAGAAGCACUAGAGCUGCAGUCGGAGGCAGAGUCGGGACAGAAAGAAGCAAAGCUUCCACCUAUGCCAUGGUGUGGGGCAGACAUUGGGGGCACCCUGGUAAAGCUCGUCUACUUUGAACCGACCGACAUAGAAAACUCAAACACCCCCACUGAUGCAAGCGUUGAGCCGGGCACCCUGGAGAAAAUCCAACGCUACCUGACGUCGACCACCGCUUACGGGGAGACUGGCGUAAGAGAUGCACACCUGCAGAUCGAGAAUGUACAGGUGCUUGGACACCAUGGCACGCUACAUUUUAUACGCUUCCCAACGUAUAACAUGUCACAGUUCUUGGACCUCGUUAAAGACAAGAAUCUAUCCAGUGUGUCAAAUACUCUGCAUACGACAGGGGGCGGAGCUUAUAAAUUUGAAAGCGAUAUAUUAGAGACUGUCAAUAUGCAACUAGUGAAAGCAGACGAAUUCAACUGCUUAAUACGAGGAAUUCACUUUGUUGACCGGUUACUACCCAACGAGUGCUACUACUGGAAUAACCCUGACCCCCUGGACAAUGAGGCGAGUGAGAAGGUCCCCUACGACUUCAAGAACCCGUACCCGUACCUGGUGGUCAAUGUGGGGUCAGGGGUCAGCAUGCUGGCCGUCAGGUCACACAACGACUUUGAAAGAGUCACAGGAACUAGUCUUGGUGGAGGAACUUUCCUAGGUCUAUGCUGCUUACUGACUGGAUGCGAAACCUUUGAAGAAGCUCUUGAUAUGGCAUCCAAGGGAGACAACACCAGGGCAGACAAGCUGGUCAGAGACAUCUAUGGAGGCGACUAUGAAAGAUUCGGUCUUCCCGGAUCCACAAUUGCCAGCAGUUUUGGUAACAUGCACAUCAAAGAGAAGAGGGAAGAAGCAUGCAAGUGUGACUUAGCAAGAGCAACUCUAGUAACCAUUACCAAUAACAUUGGGUCUAUAGCUAUGAUGGCAGCCAUGAGAGAGGGCAUUGAGCGAAUUGUGUUUGCUGGAAACUUCCUCCGUACCAACCCAGUUGCACAGAAAACAUUAGCCUAUGCCAUGGAGUACUGGACCAAAGGAACAAAGAAGGCCCUUUUCUUGCAACACGAGGGCUACUUCGGUGCAGUUGGUGCCUUCCUAGAGAACGUCGGCUACACAGACGACAGGAGUCCCAGUCCCGACAUGGAACGCAAGCAAACUGUGACCAAGGCCCCCGUCAUCUCGGAAUCAAGCAGUAAGGAGCAACUCACCAACGGCAGUGUGGAGAACCACAUAGAAGCGAGUACGGCAGAAGACGUCUCUCUUUGACCAACGACCUUUGACCCCCCCAUGACCUCAGAUCAGUGACCUUCCUUAAUUCCAGUAUGAAAUCAGGGAUUCUGGCGCUAGAGCCACUGUCAUGUCCAUGUUCGCAAGGUGCCAGUAGUUAUUUUUUCAGUGAUUUUAAUCAGUGAUUGUAAUCGGUGAUUGUAAUCCGUGAUUGUAAUCAGUGAUUGUGAUCAGUGAACCUGAUAUAUGAUUUGAUUUCAGGAUGGAAGAGUUUGGGUGUGAUGUUUCCAUGGAAACUGGUCGGUCUUGAGAUGCCUCAGAUUGAUAGGAUGGAGGUGGUAUUUCUUAUGAGGAUGGAGGAAUAAAAACCGAUGCCAUGUGGAUACACAUUCUUUUUAUUAUGAAAGGAACUACUACAUCUAUUAUGGUUUCUUCUCUACCUGGCAUUGGUUUUUAUUUACAUAAUGAGAAUGAUUAAGAUACCAAAUGAAAAUGCUUCCUCUAUUUCAAUGACAAUAUCAAAGGAAUGAAUUAGGUAGAGUGCAUAUGGAGUCAAACAUUUUGUCUCGUCUACUUUUUACAUUUGAAAUGGAGAGUGGCCUAAUAAAUGAGAUUUAAACAGGAUGAAAUUAAGUGUACUAUUCAAAUAAUUAUCAACUCGCAUUUCAGGUGGUUACUGUAAAUUACAGUGAUACUAAUUAAAUGUAUUUCUUGGUCUUUGAUGAUGAUGGGUUUUUUAAUGUCAUUUGAUGAAGCAUAGAAAUAUUACUUUACAACUGAGUGCAAUGGUAGGGAUUCCUUUUCAUGUUAGGAAUUAUAUUUUUUAGGAUAAAGGGGUGCCAGGGAUGGUGAUGUUUGCACAAAAUUUGAUUUGCCUGCCCCAAAAAGAUUGUACUAUUUCCAUA